AUGUCCACUACCAAGAAACAUGCCCGUAACAUCGUUCCAUUUGGAUACAGUCUUCAGCCCUCAAUCUGGUCGGAGGAUUACGCACCAGAAUACCAGACUGAAACAGUAAAAGACCUUAUUGACAACCCUUCAUUCCCUUUCAAAUUCAUAUUCGGGAAUAACUCGAAUCACCAAACUCACAAGUUAUACCCAUUCGAACAUCGCGUCAUAUUGACCGUCGUUCUAAACACCAUGUUGACGCUCGGCUUUGUACCUUACAUCUCAGACUUCGAUGCUUUGUUUUGUACAGCUGCAGCGGCCGUAGAGUGUGCUCUACAGGAGCUAGCAAGCGCGCAGUUAGAAGUGUUCAUUGACUUUGGAGUAUCUAAUUCCAAACCCCGGUACACCUUGUUCAUGGAAUACAUUCGAGACCACAUCGAAACUGACCCCGAAUUAUCGACGCGGUGGAAGGAGUACAAGGACCGGGUCCAUGCCAGAUUGGUAGAGAUAUCUAAGUACUGUGUUUGA